AUGUCCUCCAGGGUUUGCAAGUUCUAUGCCCGUGGGGGAUGUUUGAAAGGGGAUCAAUGUGAUUUUUCUCAUCAAAGAAAGGAUUAUCAUCAAAAAAAGGAGACUCCAGUUGAUAAACAGAUUUGCUCCUAUUAUCAGAAAGGGUCCUGUGCUUAUGGUAGUCGAUGUAGAUAUAAGCAUGUCAAAGCUACUCAAGGAUCAUCUUCAGCAUCUUUGGUUCCAAAUUGUGCUUUGGCUCACGGUGUUAAACUAGCACCAAGUUGGGUUCCGAAGGUUACGAAAGUUCCGCCUCCACCUUGCAAGCACGGCGUAAGGAGUUUUCAACACAACCAUCAGGACUCUACUGAUGUUGGUGAAUCCAGUAGUACUGGUUCUAGUGCUAGACUGAAUGGACAUUUGUUUUGUAAAUUUGCCGCGGCAAACUGCCCCUUUGGACCCGGGUGUUCUCGUGUUCAUGGAAAUCAAUGCUUAUACUGUAGAAAAUAUUGCUUGCAUCCUAGUGAUAAAAAGGAAAAAGAAAAUCAUUUGAAGACUUGUGACAAAAAGGAAAAGUACGUUCUGGCUUUGAAAAAUAGCGAAGAAAUAGAAUGCAAUGUUUGUCUCGAGCGUGUCCUUUCCAAACCCAAACCAUCGGAGCGUAAGUUUGGGUUGCUUCCAGAAUGUGACCAUGCUUUCUGUUUGUCAUGUAUCCGCAAUUGGCGCAAUAGUGCCCCAACCUCUGAAAUGGAAACCGGUAAUAAUGUCAACACAGUUAGAACCUGCCCUGUUUGCCGCCAACUAUCGUAUUUUGUCAUUCCAAGUGGUAUUUGGUAUACUACAAAGGAAGAAAAACAGGAAAUUAUUGAUAACUACAAGGCAAACUGCAGAUUGAUUGAUUGCAAACAUUUUGACUCUGGUAAUGGGAAUUGUCCAUUUGGGGCUAGUUGUUUCUAUAAGCAUACAGUGAAGCCUGGCUCUUACACAUGGAUACACAACAGGCCACCACCUCAGCGUAAACAAAACAAUUUCGAUAUGUAUGACGUAUUGGACAUGCUCAGUGAAGUUGAUCUAUCAAGUGGAGAAUUUUAUUCCAUCAUGAGGGACUCAGAAUUUUUCGAUGGGAUGGAUCAAUUCGAGAUGAUGGCUUUAUCAGAUUCUCUGGCUAGUGGUUCGGCUCCUCAUUUAGGUCCUUUUGAGUCCGAUGAUGAGGGGGAAACCUUUGAUUUUUUUCGAAUGGCUGCUAUGUCAGAGGCCCUAGAUGAUUUCGGCCCCGAUGAUUUCGGCCCUGAUGAUUUCGGCCCUGAUGAUUUCGACCUAGAUGAUUUGGAUGACUUGGAUCCUAUGGAGGCAGCCUUGAUAUCAAUGAUGAUGCAUUCCCAUAUUGAUGAAGAUAGUGAGGAUGAAUAUUAG